AUGGUUGGCGUGCCUGGCAAAAGUAAAGGCUGCAGCACCUGUCGUCGCCGCAAAAAAGGCUGCGAUCAGAAACGUCCCAUUUGCGGUCAAUGUGCCUCUAGUGGCUAUGUUUGCGGGGGAUAUAACCGCGACAGAACCUUCAUCCUUCAUCCUGCCAGCAAGGCCGUUGAAGGUGCUAUUUUUCUUCCUCAGGUCAAAGCCACCUCCAUCUCCCUUCCUGGGUCAAUUGAUCGGAAUGCUAUCGAGUCUCAAUGUCGAAGUCUCUUCUGGGACCUGUAUUUGCCCCAGGGUGACUGCGAAGUCCGGGAUGAGUUCAUCCUCAAAUGCAAACAUCCCAUGAAUUGGAUCGAAGUCAUCCAGAACAUCCAUCAACAGGAUGCUUCGCUUGAAAAUGCUUUCUCGGCCUUGAGCAUUUCCAGGGUUGGCCAAGGAAAUAGGGAUAUUCGCCUCGUCCGUGAAAGCACCAAACUUUACGGCAAAGCUCUCAAGGAAUUGCAGCUUGCUCUCUUCGACCCGGACCGAAUGCACUCGGAUCAUGUCCUGAUGGCAUGUAUGCUCCUUGGGUUAUACGAAGUUUUCGAGGGACCUGCUUUCAAUUCUCGAAGUUGGAUGGCCCAUGCUCAAGGAGCCGCUCGACUUAUCCAGCUCCGCGGCCCCCAACGUCACCAGAACUGGAAUGCUCACCAUCCCUUUCUCGCGUCUCGGACUCCGACAAUCUACGCCGCUAUUUUGCAGAGGAAGUCGACCUAUCUCGCAAACGAAGAAUGGCUGACCGUUCCCUGGGCAACACAGCAGCGGACCUAUUUUGACAGGAUGGUCGACCUGGCCACUGUCAUCCCAGGCAUCCUCGAGAAGUUUGACCUGCUCCGAGAAAGUGAUUCCGAAAGCGGCCAAGGGCUGAUGGAGACCCUGGAGCAAUGUCGAGAUCUACAGCUCCGGAUGAACCGGUGGAGAGAUGGCACCAAGACAACAGCCAGUCCUCGCGUGAUCAAACAUGCGUCGACGGAACAAGAUGGUUAUCCUUUCGACACCGAUCUCUGGUUUGAGAACCAUUUAUUUGUUCAAGCACGUUUAGUCUACCAUACGUCGUCGCUGGCCCUGGCCGAAGUGGUCGAUGACAUGGUCGGGGCAGUCCAACGUCGGGAUCAAAAGUUGCUCCAAUCCGUCGAGCCAACAUCACUAAGGGAGCUCUUUGACGCCGAGAAACAUGCCGCAGACAUAUGCCGAACAGUGCGUUACUGUCUACAGCCAGAGAUGGGGGCUCUGGGGGCACAUAUCAUCAACUUUCCUGCCAAUCUCGCUUUCACACAUUUUCAGCGCCUUGGCAAUACUGCGGCGACCGAAUGGCUCGUCACAGCUUUUCAAGAUGUCAAAGUGAGAGGGGUCCACGUGGAGAAUGUCUUCAACACCUUUCUCUCCAAAUCCGGAGACAGAGACAACAUGAAUUAUCAAGGCAAGAGGGAAUCCAGCGCAGAUUCGACCGAACCCGGUAUGUCGCCUUGCUCAUGUCAGAGUUUAGGCAGCACCACGACGACAUUUAUCUACGAAGACCCCUCUAAAUCUUACUAUGAUGCCAGCAACGAUCCUGACUGA